GUGAAUGAAAAAUAAAUCAAUGAAAAUUUCUGUCUGUAGUGCCGAUGGAAUGAGCGAGAUCAUUGUUGGCUGCGGUAGGUUUCCCUCCUUGCUUCUUCGUCUUCUCCCCUAGCAGACAGGUCAUAUCAUCAGUCGGUGGUGAAAACUCGAAGAGCAUUUUCCGUUGCGUUUUCCAGUUAGUGAAUACCUCCAGCAACAGAUAUGAACGGAUCAGAGUUCAGCUGCUAUGGCAAGGAGAUGAUAGAUUACAUCAAAGACUAUUUGGAGAAGAUCGAUGUGCGAAGGGUAACUCCAGAUAUUGAGCCAGGUUAUUUGAGAAAACUGCUCCCAGAAGAAGCUCCCUAUCAUCCAGAGGAUUGGAAGGAAAUACUAGCAGACAUUGAGAAUAAAAUCAUGCCCGGUGUGACUCAUUGGCAGCACCCUAGAUUCCACGCAUAUUUUCCCUCUGGAAAUUCAUAUCCGAGUAUAAUGGCGGAAAUUCUGAGUGCCGGAAUAGGGUGUAUUGGAUUUUCGUGGGCAGCUUCUCCAGCUUGUACAGAAUUGGAAACAAUAGUUUUAGAUUGGUUUGGGAAAGCUAUAGGACUGCCAGAUCAAUUCCUCUCAUAUCCUGAAGAAAGUAGAGGCGGUGGUGUCAUACAGACAUCCGCAAGCGAAUGCACUUUGGUAGCAAUGUUAGCAGCAAGAGCACAAGCAAUCAAAAGAUUGAAACAGCAACAUCCAAAUGUAGAAGAAGGUGUACUAUUAUCGAAACUCAUGGGUUAUUGUUCAAGAGAAGCUCAUUCUUCUGUUGAGAAAGAUGCUAUGAUAAGCUUCGUCAAACUAAGGAUUUUAGAAGCUGAUGAUAAUGCUUCUAUGAACAGCGAAACGUUGAGAUUGGCUAUGGAAGAAGAUGAAAGCAAUGGUUUCGUUCCAUUUUUUGUUUCGUCAACUCUUGGAACAACAUCAUGUUGUUCUUUUGAUAAUAUAAAGGAAAUAGGCGAGGUAGUCCAAAAUUUUCAAUGCGUUUGGUUACAUGUUGAUGCAGCCUACGCAGGAAAUGCAUUCAUAUGUCCAGAAUUGAAAUACCUAUUGGAAGGGAUAGAAUAUGCUGAUUCUUUCAAUACUAAUCCUAACAAAUUCCUGUUGACCAAUUAUGACUGUUCUUGUAUGUGGGUUCGGGAUAGAUUCAAGUUGACAUCAGCUCUUGUAGUCGAUCCGCUAUAUCUGCAACAUGGUUAUUCAAAUUCCACCAUAGAUUAUAGACAUUGGGGCGUUCCUCUAAGUAGAAGAUUCAGAUCUCUGAAGCUGUGGUUUGUGUUCAGAUGUUACGGAAUAUCAGGCUUGCAAUCUUACAUCAGACAUCAUUUGAAGCUAGCGAAACAAUUCGAAGCUUUAGUGAAAAGCGAUAGUAGAUUUGAGUUAUGCCAUAAAGUAGUGUUGGGUUUGGUUUGUUUUCGUUUGAAAGGAUCUAAUAGGGCUAAUGAAAAAUUACUGAGUAACAUAAAUGAAUCUGGGAAAUUGCACAUGGUGCCAGCUUCUGUGAAAGAUACGUAUUUCAUCAGAUUUUGCGUAGUGGCACAACAUGCUACCGAGGAUGACAUAACUUACGCUUGGGAUGUAAUCACAGAGUUUGCAACCGAAAUCUUAACAGAUAAAGAGAUCCAAGACGAAGUUCACGAACUUACACUCCAGAAGAAGCGUGAUCUUCUGGCUUACAAGAGAUCCUUCUUUGUACGAAUGGUAAGCGACCCGAAAAUAUACAAUCCAUCAAUAGCUGCAUCGACUACAAGAAGGACUGCUGGAGAGACUCAAAUACAGACCCAAGAAUCUGUCCAAUCACCUUCGAGUCCAUCUUGGAUAAGUUGGCCCUUAGCAUUUCUCUUCCAAAAUAAAACAGAAGACAAGAGUGCAAGUAGUAAUGUUCCAUUGAGGUUUCGCCACUGGGACACUCGUGUGAGACUGAAUCCUGGAUCAAAAACGAAUGGAGGUACCAGAUCACCAUCUCCAGAGUGUUUAGGGACCUCAAAAAAGGCUAACAAUUCUAAUUCUUCUUCAGAAUAUAAGUUUUCUCCAAAAAAAUUGCAGAAUUCUGGAAAUGGAAAUUAAAAGUUCAUGUGUUAUUCACGAGUUUGUGUAUCAAUGUUUUUCGAUCAUGGUAUUCUAUUUCUGAGCUUCUGUCUAUAGUAACUGUAUCUACCUAAUUCUUAGAACAACUGGUAGAAGAUUUUCACUAGUUGUUUCCAUAAACCUUGCCAUAACAAUAAAUCAAUC